AUGACGAAGAAGAACAAAUCGUCUAAAAGCCAUUCCAAAAAAGCUUCGCCUAUCAAGCUCAAUCCUUGCAAAGCCCUUCAGGAUUGGUCGCCCGUGAAAGAGAGAAAGUCCAAGUCCAGGACUCGGAUGGCAACGCUCACCUUACAAGAGAUUAGCGCGUGGACCGACGCGGCGCGAGCAACGACCGACGUCAAGGCGAACCAAACUCCGACUAGUCCGAUGGAGGACGCCACUUGUUUUCCAUCGAUCGGAAUGGUGGAAAUCCGGCCGAACUCCGCCUGA